AUGCCGGGGAUCUCAGUCGGGGCGCAGAUUUCGCUCGGCCGUGACAGGCGGAAGGAGAACAGGGAGGGGGAAGAAGCUGCGGAGGGACCUUGUGUUUCUUCAUCGCGAGAACUGAUCGACGGGGGACAGACAAGCAUUCUCCACGACUUUGUUUUUUCAGCCUCUUCUCCUCGUCAGCCACAGGCGGGAAACAGAGAGAACGACGCCCCAGAACGUGCGGGAGCAGAACGCGUGCCGCCGUCCCCUUUCUCCUCUCCUGUCUUGCCGGAUACCUGCCAUCCGGCUGGAAGCCAUGCUCCUUCUCUGCAGUACGCGCUGAGCGCUAGCCACAGACGGGCGGAUUCUCCUGAGGGCGAAGCGGGGGCGGCGGGGAGCUGCCGGAAAGUCAGAGGGGGACAGAUUGGUGCAAUUCGAGAAAUUCGCGGAGCACCGCUUAGCGCGGCAGCUUGGUCUGAAGCUGGGGGUCGCGACACUGUUUGGAAUCGCUCGCCGAAUAUCGUGCAAGACGCGCAAGUCACGGCAGGCAAGCGGCCUCUCCGCUCCACUGUGAGUGGUUCUCCCACCAGCAAUCCUGACGAUGCGACUCUCAGUGAUCGAUUUAGGAGCGAGGAGCGAACGAUUUCUGAUGAUGUGAAGAAAGAUGAAUGGAAGACACAUGACGGGACACGGGCGACGACGCAUCAGGCGGGGAGCUCGCCAUCGUCUCCCGGUAGCUCUUUUGCAUCGUGCAGCGUAUGGAGUGACUUCUCUGAAGAGACGGGCGUGGGAGAUGCGCUGCAGGCACAAGGGGAGGGGAAGGAGAGGAAGGAACAGCCUGCGCGGGACACUGGGGAAUCUGCCUCCGUGGAUUCACCCGGCCGCAGCGCGGCUUCCAGCGGGCGCAGCGAAUCAGAGAGUGCGCUCCGGAGAUAUGACGGGCAGCGACGAGGCGAUGUGCAUGCAGCCGCAGACCUACCACCACAAGUCGCCUCUUUGCAGCCCAUCACGGCGGUGGCGCCGCUCGAGCCUCCGCCUGUGCCGGGCCUCUCGGGGGCGUCGCGGGCCUCAGUCUCGGUGCAGCCUCUGGAAACGCACGACUCGGAGUCGUGGCCAGUUCCGCCUCAGUCGCAGACCACGGCGUUUGAAACCUUCGUGCAUUCAGACACCACCUUAACGCAGUGCUCCUUCGUCUCUUCUGCGCAGGCGGUGUCAGCCGUCACAGUGUGGCCGCCGUCGCCCUCAAAUGAAGGAGGGGGACAGACGUGCGCGGAGACAGAUGCCGGCGAGAGAGAAGUGGGUGCGAGUCGUCUUACUGCGCUGACGUCUCGGGUCUCGCGCGACAGAUUAGCGUCUGUGUCUUCGGAGGCGUCUUCAUGUCGCCCGGCGUCCUUCUCUCCGUCGUCAGAAUCCCCCGUGUGUUCCUCUCCUACGGCUUCCUCGCAAGGCCGCGGGGCCGAAGGAAUCGGUGGCGUCGCGGCGAAGAGCGCGCGCGCCGAAGCAGAGAAGAGGCGGCUUCAGAGGCAGAAGGAGACGCGCGCAAUGCUUCUCAAUAGUCUGAGAUUCACGAUGUCACUCCGAGGAGACAACGGCUAUGAGUGGGGGGGAUCCUGCCCCUCUCGCGACACGCUCCACCCCGCCUCAGGCGCUCGUGCCAGCUCUCGCCUGGCACAGGACGACCGCGGUCUGCCUCCAGCGCCUGGUGCCGCUGCCACCGCGGCAGGCGAGAGUCCGACCCUGUCGUCUCGCACCUGCGGGCCGGGGCGUGCUUCUGGCCGUGACGACGGAGGCCGCGCAGGAGGCGCUGCGGGCUCGAGGGAGGGAGCGGGGGCGGCGGCCUCCACGGGCGGUGGUCCGCAGCAGCGGGGCAUGCCCGUUCCAAGGAGCCCUGUUGUCGCAUCCCGGCGACUGCCGUCUGUGCGCGUCGUUCUCGAGACCAUCUUAAAGGCGAAGCAGGCCUCGCACUUGGGACCUGGCAACUCGGGCGCUCCCUCAGCCAGGGGAGGAGGAUCUAAUGCGUGGGGAGACGGCGGGCCGUUGUGGGGUCUGCCUCCGAACCACGGAUUCGCGUCCUCGGGCGCGUCGACUGCGGGCGAAGGCAUGGGACGAGCGCCGGAGAGCGGGCAGGGGCGUUCAGAGGUGGCUGGGGCGAGCGGCGGUGCUUGGCCCGGCGCUGGUCUGGGGCCGGAUCCGCGGCAUCCGUUUACAGCCUCCGAGAAUGAGUCCUGGUGGGAAGGCCAAGCGGAUCUUUCGCGUUGGUUUCAUGGCUUCGGGGACGAAGGAGUUGGGAGCGUGUCCACCCCGUCGUUCAGGAAGAAGGCCGCCGCGGCGCCCUCGUGGCAGGCAGGACUCUGUUACAGUACGAGACAGUACGAGUCUCUCGACGUGCGGAAUCUGUCCUUCUACGGCAAAAUGACGGCGCUCUUCGAGGCUCAUUGGGCUACGAUUCACCCACUCGAGUGCCUCGUACGAACGGCGCCUGAUGAGGAGUUCCCUCUAGUCUCGCGCAGGGCGGCCAAGAGACGCGGUGGGAGCGAAGCCGCUGGAGACCUCACGCCAUUCCACCCUUCGGAUGAGGGAUGGAUCGGAACGGGGGCGGGGGAAGAGGAGGGAAACCGACAAAAAGAAACACGAGUCCAUCCGGCGCAGGCCGGCAGGGGUGAGAAGUCAAAGAAUGAUGGUAAGAACGAGCAUGAACUGGUUCCAUUUGUCUCCUUGUCCUACCUCAUUCCCUGCUUUAUGCUACGCGCCUUUCGGCGGCUUACCAUCAACAAGACGCUGUUGAAGGAGAUGAUGGCAGAGUUCCAGCUCAGCGCGCGCCGAACGGGGGACCUCAGACGUGCGUCUCUCGGCGACGUGGCCGCGCCGCUGACUGAAAAAGGCACUUCCUUUCAAAGUCUUCCCUCGCGUAGAGGUGCAACAGGUGUGUCAUAUCCAGGCGACACCCGGGUAGCGGAGACUGCCGCGCGAGGGAGCAGCUACUGCAAACACGAUCCGGUAAGUCAGGGUGCAACGAAUGCGACAGGUCGAGCCGCAGCCGCAGCCCAAGAGCCGAAGGUGACAAAGUUUGGAGAGAGUUCCUCGUCGGCGGCACCGGCUUCUGAGGUGGAGAGAAGCGUUGGCCGCCCCGCAGUCGGCCCUCCAGCACCUUUUGCCUCGCCUUUUCUUCCCCAGGCGCCGCGGGCGGAUGAGAGUCGUCACGGCGGCAGUGGACCGCUUUGCCCACCGCCACCGUCGCUUGUCGUCCCCUCUCUCCCAGGAUCGCCCUCCAACCGUCUUCCAAACCCGCUCAACCUUCGUUUACGCGGUGGCCGUCUCUUUGCUGCUUCGCUUGAGUCCCAGCAGCAUUCUGCUUCUCACCUGCAUUCGCUUCACUCGCCUGGUGGAGUGCCUCACUCUCCGUCGUCUCCUCAGCUCAAUCCACCUGUGCCGGCGCCUCAAUUAUCUUCCGCCUCCUCUCCGUCUCGUGCUUUGCCCGUUCCGUCCGCUCCCUACCAAGUCCUGCAUCUCUAUCUGUGCUGCGGAGGAAAAGACAUGCUGGCGUUGGACUGGCUGCCCUUCAUCAGCCGGUUCCUGCACUACUCCCUGUCAGUCAAGGUGAAGAAUCUCCACUCACGGGCUGCAGACGCUGCAGCCGCAGCGGCCGCCGUCGCCGCCGCCUUUAGUGCGCAAGCUGCCACAGUCGACCGCGACACCGCCCUCGCAGGGGCUGCUGCGGCGGCCGCUGCGGCAGCGACGGCUGCCGAAGAGGAGUUGAACCGCAGCAGCAGUGGAACUGACGGGGAGGAGGAGCGCGCAGCUGACCGCCCGGGCCACGCAGGCGGAGAGGGCGGCGCUCGCCUUGAGGGCUGGGGCGACUCAGAGGCGCCUGCUGCCCAGGGGGAGGGCGGAGCUGGCGGUGCCUCGUCCGGCGGACUGCAGGGAGGCGGAGCUGCCGAGAGCGCGGCAAAGCAGCCCUCGCAGGCUGGAAGGCUGGGACCAGAACGGGCACCGAAGGAGAUGAUGAGUACAGAAACGAGGAGGGAUGAAAAGACGGGGAGCGCACGCUUCCCCGAGAAGCGCCGAAGGCACUCGGUCUUCGCUCCUGCAGCGGCGGCCGCUGCCGCCGCAGAGCGGAAGUGGAGGCGUUCGAUCGUUGCAGAAGUUAAUGAAUUCGAGGAACGCAGUGGAGAGAAUGCCGUUGAGAUAGUUAGGAGAACGUCACGGGACGGCGCACAUCGCCAAAGGAGGCUCUCAGGAGGUCGCGCAACCAGUAUGUCGCUCCUGGAGAAGGGCGAUUUUAUGCGCAGGGGAGGGGGAGAACAAGACGGAGGCCGCUACGUGACCGCGUGGACGGGGUUUCGAAGGGCGAGUCAGUGCACGCCUGAGGAGUUCGCUGGGCUCGCCGCUGCUGCAAUGAGAAGUCUACAGAAGAAGGAGGAAGAAACCCAGAUUCAAAACCGAAUUCUCGAGGGGCAGCUAUACUACGUCUCGUCUUCGUCUUCUGCACGGCAUCCCGUUCCAGCAUGCAAAGAAAAGGAUGAGCACGCAGUUCGAUUGCCUCAGGCUCCCGCGCUGGCGCGUCCAGUCUCCGCUGCAUCCUCUGUCGCGCCUCAGCACGCGCCGCGUUUUGCAGGGAAAGAAGCUGAGGAGCCGCGGAACAGUCGGAACUCCUCAGAUUCCAGCCUUGGGGAUUUUCCUGAGUUCAGCGUGGAACCGUCCGCGCAGGCGUCAGACGACGAGAGCGGUGAGAGAAGGACGCCAACCCCUAAAACUCAGAGGGCAGACGCGGAGCAGGCGCAGCCGAGUUCGCGUGGCCCAGUCAUCCCAGCAGCCGCCGCGAAUCGCAUCGAUGUGAGCUCCUUUGCCUCGUCCCCGACUUCGACCCCUCCGCUGUCUUCGUCCGGAGACUGCCAUCCCCCUCCAUCGCCUCCGUCGGCGCCUCGUUCUUCUUCCCCGCCUUCGCCGUACGUGACGUCUGGUUCUUUCGUGCCUCCAGCUCGUUCGGGGAGCACCUCUCUGCCUUGGUGGACGGUGAAGGAAGUCGAGGUCCCAAUUCUGGUCUACAUGAAUGCAGCGUUUGUGCUGAUUGACUAUCCUGGCUACGGAGGCAGCACGGGGUCGCCAACGCCAGCAGGGUGCGUCGCGGCCGCGCUGCGGAGUCUGAACGUCGCAAUCCAUCACCUCAAGAAACAGAGAGGCGAAGACGUUCGGAUCCAGAUCUCGGUGCUCGGAUACUCUCUCGGCUGCGCUGUGGCGCUCCGCGCUGCCCAGGUUGUGUGUCGCCAGCUGCUGCAGAGAAAGGAGGCCCAGUCGAAGAAGCAGCGCAGGGAAAAGAGAGUCGAGAGACGCCGCAGCAAGCGCGACUCUGACACGAAACCCACUGGGGACCCGACGCACGAAGGAAGGGGAGACGAGGUGCCGCGGGCGGGCGCGGAACGAGGCGGUGCAGCUGCCCAGCCCCAGGGCAACCAGGCUGAGCACACGGGCGAGACAAGAAAAGAAAAUGCAGAUCGGAGGAAGCGACUCGAUGGGGUGGCGGAGGAGGGGGCGAAUCAGGUUCUGAUUUGUUCGCCGUUCUUCGCCCCUCACAGAAGCGCGGAGAGGGAGCGUGCGGGGUACUGCAUCACGCAGCAGCGGGCACCGGUAGAUGUCGAGGUAUCGGAAGGCGAAUACGCUUCGCAACAGACUGCCGACCGCACUUCGAGCUCCUCUCGCGUCUGCCCGCGAACGCAGGAUCCCGCUCAGGAAUCGGUGCCGCGCGUUCCUUCUUUCGCCUCGGAACCUGCGUCGUCUCCAGCCUCAUGUCGACUCUCCAGCUCGACGUCUUCUGCCUCUCCCGUGCCCACUUGUCUUUCUGACGCAUCUGCUGAGGAGGCAGCAGGCAGCGUGGGGAAGAGUCCGCCCGGGUGGGACCAGUCUUCGAAGAGCUAUGUGGAGAAUGCAGAGUGCGGAACUACCAAAGAGAAUUCACAGCCGCGACCGCCCGUGCCGCCGUCGUCUGCGCUUUUUGCAGCUUCUUCCUCUCGCGGGCUACGGAACGCGCUCAACCUUCACAGGAGUCGCGCGACGUCAACAGAGGAGAAGGGAGAUGCAGCGGACAGGAGCGCUGGCGAGGCGACAGAUAAGCGGAGGGAAACGGGAAAGACCAGAGGUUCGUUUUCGCACCUGCAGCAGCUUCUUCUCCGGCGCCGGUCAAGGAAAGAGAAGGGAAACGACACUGAGAAAAGAAGGGACACACGUGCGGAGGAAAAAGAUGAAGGAGAGCUCGCAGAGAGCAGCCACCGGGAGGAAGCGAUGGUGUGCCGAGGAGGAGGACUAGACGGUAGUCUGCCGUCAUCUGUGCCGUCGGUUCCCCCAGACUCGCCUUCUUCCGUGGCCUCUCCCCUGUCGCCGUCGCCUUCUUCCCCUCGUUCCUUCCGUGUCGUCUGCUCAGAGCAAGCCGUUGGAGGCCCGCGCACAGCCGCUGAAGAUUUUGGGGGACCAGAAAAAGCAAGCGAGCGAGCUCUGAGACGAAAUCUGCUUGAUGUAGGGAUGGAGGUGGGAGCACGAGGAGAUUCGCACCGAGCGGAAGGCCUUCAUCUCGCCUCGCCCUUUUCGGACUCCGAUCAGGACGGUACUCGCUCGCCCUCAGAAGGGCCGAGGCCUACUUCAGGCUUUCGCUCUGCUGCUAGCUCUGUUACUUCGCGAAGGCGAUCCUUCGGAGGUGGAUCAAGGGACGAGUCAGUGGGCGCCCCAGAGGGGCGGCAAGAAGCGGCAAAGGGUGAAGAGGCUCGACGUGAGACCGUGCAACGGAGGACUCAGCCCCACGACGACGCCGUAGGCUCGCAGGCGAGUCAUGAACAGACAUCCCCCGGGCAUCAGGGCCUCUGUUCCACCGGACUGGAUGAGGGAACCGCAGGCAAGUUGCAAACGAGGACCGCGGGACCAGAGGAUUUGCCUCUUUGGGGUAUCGAGGCAGCUCAGUCGCGCCGUGACGCUUGGGGAAGCGCGGCUGAACGAUUUGGGUCUCCCCUCCAACAGAAACUGGGCUCUUUUCCGGCCUCACCUUUUUCAGAGACCAUCACGCUGCACACCUUGUUUCCUUCGGCAUCGUCGCCUCCGCCUGGGAGCUCCGGUCGGAGGCAACAUUUGACUCGCACGCUGAGCAUGCCGUCCGUCGCCGGUCAUCUGAAGCCGAUUGCAUCAUUUAAGGAGUUGCUGGGCCCUGCGAACGACUCUCGACGAGUCCGUCGGCAAGUGGUGACCGCAUCUGCUCCUUCUGCCAGUGCGGAGUGCUCCCUCGCCCCCCUUUCAUCCUCUCGUUCAAUCUCUGUUGCCGUCUCUCCAGCGUGCGAUCCGUUUUCUUCUUCAGUUCGCUGUCCAGCGUCUCCGCCGCAUGUGGCUGCGUCCCCGAGCCCGUCGUCUGCCGCUCGGCCUGCUUCGGGUCACUCGCUGCCUUCUCAAGAAGCUCCGGAGCUGUUUCACGCAGUUCUUGAACACGCUGUUGAGUCGCACACACGAGCCGUUGACAGUGACUCAGAGUCCCCAAGCAGACGAUAUGGACACAGGCCAGGACCGCGCGAGGGACACGCCACAACAGCACUUAGGGGCGUGAGCGGGGUGCUCACGGAAUCUCCGGCUGAGCCGCCGCCGGUGUCGUCUCGGAUGCACGUAAAGGAAGCCGAAAGGGAAAGCGGCAAGCGGGAAGUGCGCGAGCAGAUGCCGUUUGUGUCUGAGCCGAAGUCGUUUCUUUCGUCCCGUUCGCGUCUCGAAGCGUGCGCGUCUUCGGCGCGUAGCAGCGGCAAAACCGGCCCCUCCAGUCGCGGCAGCAGUCCCUGCAAAUGGUCAGGCCUUUCGUCGUCUCUGGCGUCGGCGUCGUCUCCUUUUGGCCAGGGUUCGCCGUUCCCCUCCUCGUCCUCGCUGCAGUACGGCGACGACGAAGACACUGCCCCGUCAUCGACGAGCUGCUCGCUGGCGACAUCUGCGUUUGACUCGUGUUCGAGCGCGUCGUCGGAGGAAGAAGACGAGGCGGACAGCGACGACGACGAAUUUUCCUCCGAACUGGAUGAAGCGUACUGUCUUCCUACGGAGUUUGCAGAGUUCCGCCGCUUGGUGCUUGUGGCGCCGUUCACGUCGACGGCCGACUGUGCGGCGCAUUACCUGAACUUGCCGUGGGGGGUGCGCGGCAUGGUUGAGGCGUUUAUCUCGUACAUUCAAGACGAGUGCACGCGCUGGGACAAUGUCGCCUGCAUGCGCAGCUUGUGCCGCGUCUUCGACGCGAAUCCCAAGCUCUUUGCGGGUGUCGGUCUGUACAUCUUCCACGGCCGAGAAGAUCGAAUCGUGCCCCUGGGUAUGGGUCGCGCCCUCGCGGACACUGCUCUCAACUGCUCGUCGUGCGUUCACUCCCACACUGCGGUCAGGUUCGGAUCAGGGAGCAGCGUAGGCGUGUUUCACGAGGCCGAGCGCUGCGCGGAGGAAGACGCUGCGACAGUGAAACGCGCCACGAGAGGGGACAAGUCGAGACAGACCGUGCGAGGAGGCGCGCGCGUCGAUGAUUUCUCAGGGGGGCGGAGCGACGAUACGGCGACUCGCUGCGGCAACAGAGCCAGAUAUCGGCGCGAUUCGUCCUCCUCACACUGGUCGAGAUCCAGCGCAGAUGACGCGCACAUGUCGGUGAUUACACGUGGACAGCGGUCGCCGCGCAUCUCUCUUGCGGCUUCCGAGAUGUCGGGCGGCGACCCCGCGAAUUCCCGACGAGGAGAGAUAGGAGUGAUCAGGAGCGAGAAAGACCUCCUCGAGAUUCUAUCCCUGAGCGAAAAGCAGAGGAGACUGAGAGCCGAACGCGAUCGGUCGCAGCAGGGACAGGUGACAGGUGUGGCAGCGGGUGCGGCGGGCGAGACGGAGACUGCGAAGGAGCUCGCGAAUGACGUGGCAGGACCCGGGGGGACGCCGCAGAGCAGAAGUGCCGGCUUUCUCUCCAAUGUUGAGUCUCGUACCUUCGCUUCUCCCCGCCAUUGCGACCAGGGCGAGGGUUUUGGCAGCAACGAGUCCGGGCGUGGACACCCGGAGGACCUCCACGCUGGGUAUGAAGAAGAGAAGCCAAUCCCCAUUCUUCGUCUGAGUUCCUUUUUGGCUUCCGAUCAGAUCUCUGCAGACGAAGCCUCGCAAAAAGCUGCUUUGCCUCUCGGUGGAGACGCAGAGUGGGAGGGCGAAGCACAGGAGCAAAGGGUUGACAAUGACGCCCAGUCGCCGGCGCCACCGUCUCCCUGCCUGGUGUGCCCACCGCUCGUCUCCGACUCGUCGCCGUCAGGUGGGGCGAGGACGCGUGGCGGUGAGGGCGACGGCGGAGGUGCGCAAGCCGCAGGAGAAGGAGAGGCGAAUGGCCAGGAAGAAGGGCGCGGAAAAGAGGACGAAGCGGACGAACGUGUGCCUCAGGAGUUAUCUCCUUCUCACAAGAAGCAGGAGCCACCGCCAGGAGUCGCGGGUCUCGCUCCGAGAAUAUGUGGGACGAGAUGCAAUAGGAUGUAUGACGGAGAACUCUCUUCGUCAAAUGACCAGUAUGCGCGUGAAUCCAGUUUCCAAGCGUCUAGCGCCGCAUGCAGGCGGCAUCCGGAGGCGGCCCUCUCAGAUAUAGGUGGCGAGAAGCGCGAGAUGACGGAUGACAGCGACGCAGGGAGCGGGAGAAGAAAAGGCAAGAAGGCGGAGGAAGUUUUUGAAGAAGGAAAUCUCUCGCGAGAGAGAGUCUCGUCCCCGCGGUCUCGGUACCGUGAGACGCUUGGGAUGCGCAGCUGCGGGGGAGGGCGGGGUCAACGACACUCAGGCCAGAAGCUGUGUUCGUUUUGCGCCUUUGGACCGCACGCAGAGCUGAUCGAGGUUGGCAACGCGGACCACCGGACGAUCUGCUCUUCGCCGGCGCACCAGAAGAAGAUUUUUGCCGCUCUGUACGAUGACGACGUCGUCCACGUGAUUUGCUAG